UAUUUUUAUACCAGAAUGAGUUGGAACUCUUCUUUUGCAGCAAAACCAAGAGAAUAUCUAAUCUCUCUGUUGGAACGUCUGAGACUUGCUAAAGUCACUGGUGUUGCAUUUCCUUUCUUCAUGGAUAACUCCAACAUAGUGGCUAUGUUUGACAUGAUGGACCCCUCGGGCAAAGGCACCAUUACAUUUGCACAGUAUAAAGAAGCCCUUAAGAACCUGGGUCUGUGUAUUGCAGAUGAAGUUUUAAAUGACGAUGGACACAUAAUAACUCUGGAUAAAUUCAGGGAUGAUGUGUAAGUUUAUUUUUUUAAUGAAUAUUUUAGAAACAUGGUAUGGCUCUGAAGUAUUACUAAUACCACGGCAAAAGGUUCCUAUCUUUUUAGAGAAACAUUUCAUUCCCUUGAAACGUUCAGCAACUAGAGUCCCCCUUUGGGAGGGAGAGGAAAUGGAGUUAAAUUUGUUCUUUUCUCAGUGGGAAACCUCAGCAUCUCUCAAAGGAUAAGGUGAAGAACCUGAUCUCUAGAACUACCUGAAAAGCUCUGGACUCAAUACACCGAUGGGAAAGUCUGUAUAAAAUAUACAGUAUUAGGAUGAAUCUCAAAUAUUUCCUCAAUAUUACUGCCAAGUAAAUGUUUAUCAAUAGUAGAGGUUAUGUGCUGCCUAACAAUUUUAGAUUUGAGAUACUACAAAAUUAAAAGUUUUAACUAAGUGCUAAAUCAGGAAAAACUGGAAUAAAAUUUGGUAGAUGUGGAGAGCCUUGAGUUAAUUUAGCUCAGUUUGUUUAAGUUUUACUCUCUGAGGAUUUAUUAAUCAAGAAAUCAUUAUUUAAUACAACCCAAUGCCAAGGAAAAUUAGAAGAUAAAAGUUAAGAUUUUGUCUCACCUUCAAUUAUAUAAAUAUUAAACAAAAAUAUGUAAUUAUAGUCCUUAGCACAGGGGCAGCAUUAGGA